AUGGAAGCACGCCCAGCUUUAUCUAUUCUAAAAUCAGGUGCAAGACAUCUUGGUAACAGUGGAGGAUCAGGGACUUUACCUGUUAAUCCGACCCCUUUUGAAGAGAAAUAUCCAAAGUUACGGGACUCCCAGCAGGUUUCCACAGAGAGGGAACUCAUGCAACAUCCUCCAGCUGCCCUUUCACCUUUGUCUUCCAACAGUGGGGUUGUUGGUCAUAUAUUUUCUUCAUCCUCAGGAUUUUCUAGUGAUCUUCAUUUUUCAUCCACCCCAAAGCAAGAAAAGCAUCUACGACAAGCCCCUUUCAUUUCUCAAUCGGCAAAUAGUGGGACAUCAAUUAUAUUACCUCAUUCUUGUGAUUCUGGAAUUCUUCAAUCCACAGCAUCAAGCCAAUUUACCAAAGAAAAUAACAGAUCUUCUUGGUGUCCAGAUUCACUGCCUGAUUUUCUUGAUUAUUCGUUUAGUACUUCAAUCGAUAAUAGUCAACUAGAUAGUAUUAACAGUGGUGACAUUGGUAUCUCAUCCGAGGAUCUUAUUAAAAGAAAUGAUUGGCAGGAAUGGGCUGACCAGCUUAUUACUGAUAAUGAUCCUUUGACCUCAGAUUGGAAUGAGCUUCUUGCAGAUGCAAAUGUUGAACCGAAGAUGCAGCAGCUGAUGUCCAAACAACCAGUAAAUUUUUCAUCGCAGCAGUCCCAAAUACCCCUACAGCCUCCAGAUACACCCGGAGAAACUAACACAGCUGUUGCUCAAUCAUCCUCAGCAAACGUGGCUCCAGUAAAACAGCGCAUGCGUUGGACUCCAGAACUUCACGAAGCCUUUGUUGAAGCAGUCAACAAACUUGGUGGGAGUGAAAGAGCUACUCCCAAGGGUGUUCUGAAGCUAAUGAAAGCUGAAAGUUUGACAAUUUAUCAUGUGAAAAGCCACCUGCAGAAGUACAGAACAGCUAGAUACAAGCCAGAGACAACAGAAGAAUCUUCAGAGAAAAAACUACCUUCUGUAGAAGAAUUGUCAUCCUUGGACUUGAAAACGGGAAUCGAGAUCACAGAGGCAUUGCGGUUGCAAAUGGAAGUGCAAAAGCGUCUGCACGAACAGCUUGAGAUUCAAAGAAAUCUGCAGCUUCGAAUAGAAGAACAAGGGAGAUACCUCCAGAUGAUGUUUGAGAAACAAUGCAAGUCCGGUGCUGACUUACUCAAGGGGACUUCAUCAACUAUAGAGAACUCCAUCACAGAGUUGACGGGUGCUGCACAAAGUUCUCCUGGCAAAGAUGAUUCGGGAUUACAGGCAGGUAUCAGCAAAACAGGAGGUGACCAAUCUAACUUAUCCAUAGCAUCUGGAGAAAAUUCUAAAGCUAUAGAAGAGAAAUUUAAAGCACUGGAGACUCAAGUUUUUGGAAAUUCUGAGGCAAAUAUUGAUGGUACAUCACCAUCCUCAAAGCGCGCUAAAGUGCAUGAAUAG